AUGGCUGCUGCUGUUGCCAUAGACAAAGCGGAGAUAGCGAUGUUGGCCCUUGGGUUCACGCCUACCGACGAGAUCGUUAAGGCCCGAGACCAACUUGGGAUAAAGACCCAAGAUGAGUUUAUGAAGUGGGCUAGAGGGACCUUGGAGGCUGCUGCUGUUGAUGCUCUGAAGGUUGGGGAUUUGGGAGCGUUUGAGAGGAGAGUAACCCAACUCCGCCGAUAUUAUUUCGAGAAUCCAGACAGUCACACUGCCUCCCCCAACACGGCCACCAUCAUGGGCCUCUACCUCCUAUUCCUAUUGAGUGCUGACCGUACUGGGGAGUUCCACACCGAGCUGGAGCAGUUGCCUGAGGCCCUCACCAAGACCCCUCAGUGCCAGCUACCAGUUGCUGUCGAGAGGUGCAUCAUGGAGGGUAACGGUACCAAGCUGAAGGCUUGUGUGUCACAGGCGGCCAAGGAUCUGCCUCAUUCAGAGCUCUUACUGCAGAGUGUGGUAAACCAGGUUCGGAUUAAAAUUGCCUCUUCCUUGGAGAGAGCCUACACGUCGCUGAACUCGAAGACGGCUUGUAGGAUGCUGCUGAUGGACCCCAAGGAUAGGAAGUCGCUGGAGCUGUUCGCCAAGGCUGAGAAUGACAGGAAGGCUGCUGAUGAGGCCAACUUAUCAACACUGGAAUUGGAGGAUCCAUCGACUCCAGCUCAAGCUAGACUGAGGAACAGGCUGAGUACUCGUUGGGUUGUAGAGGGUGACAGACUUGUUUUCAAGAAGAUACGUGAUGAUGCCUCAGCCAUGCCUGCAUUGGACCUGAUAUCCAAUAUGAUAGUUGGUGAUUCUGUAGUGGGGUCUCACUCGGAUGCUGACUGUCGGGCAUCGAUGGAGUCCACAGUAUGUAGGCCCUUCGAGGACUAUAUGGCCACUGGAGGGGCCAGCGUGGUCGGGUUGGUCCAUGCCGUUUCUGCUGUGGAGAACGUUUGUGCUGAGCAGCUCUACGGAUCGUCAUCAUCGACUUGUGGAUGCCCCCACCUACUGGAGAGCAUCCAGCCCAGCCACUUCUAUGAGUUGACCGGCGCCCUGGCCAUGUCUUCCUCUUCAGUCGUAGCUUCCGAGACAGCCUCCCAUCGGCAACUGACCACAGCAGCGGUGGUCAUGGGGAAGGUCAGGCUGCCCUACCCAGUGGUGAUGGACCCAAGUGGUCGGACCUCGAUGGAUGGUAUAAAGGACGCUAUGGCCCAUGCUCUGGCGGCUGCUGGCUUCAAUCCUGUCUACACUAUUAUCCGAGAUGUUGCUAAGGAUGGCCUCUUUGCCCAGCUGGUCUUCUCGACCGAGCCGAUACAUGUCCCUGUUGGUAGUGGCCUCACACCAGAGCAGCACGAGGAGAUGGCCAGGAUGGCCUAUAGGGCCCUACAUGAAUGCUUGGACGAGCUCAUGCCCCCGUCGACUGGGGAGACUCCUUUCCAACUGGACGUGUUCCGGGGAUGCCCUCUGGAUGCCUCUCCCAUGGAGGUCGAGGGGGAGAUAGAGAUCCUGAAUGCUGAGCCCACUCUGGGGUUCCGGGAUAGGGUUAACACUGUACUGCGGCAGGCGCUGUCAGAGGACCUCGAUCUCACCUUUAGGAACGGGGUCACUGGAGAGGACAUGACGGUAGCCACCAGUCCACGAGGCACCAUUGUGGCCCACAGCUUUGCCGGGAGCUUGGUCAGUUUCACCAUCUACACUGAUGCCAAUGGUGGAGGCCUCCGACCGCAUCUGGACGUCCUGGCCGACCUGAGGGACCUGAGGAGGCAUCUGGCCGCGGCUGGUAUCAAGAGUGUGAUCAGAGUUAAUGAUGUCCGCAGCCUUGGUGGGGUCACCUACAACACCAAGCGGGUCCUCUACUCCUAUUGUCAUGGGCUCGGGGUCCUGACCAGGGCAACUCCUCGAGAGGCCUUGGUCCCACCGGAGAUGGCAUGGGAUAGAGAGGCUACUCAGAGUGCACUGUUUGGUGAGAUCGUGAAGGCCCAUUAUGGCCAGGAGAAGGACGGCGGUGAGCCAAGUGUGCUGAUGGAGAUGGGUCGUAGAGAGGAUGGGGAGGAGGAGGAGGGGCUGCCGGAGGUGGAUGAUGGGCCUGAAGGGAGGGUAGAUGAAAUGCCCGAGGCUGGAAUCGAACCAGGGAUCUCUGAUGGAGAGAGCGCGGAGGACAGAGUGAUGGAUGCAGUAUUUGGUAAGGAGGAGUCCCCUGAGGAGGACUCACCCUUGAACCCUGUGGUCCCCGACGGGAUGGACGAGGAUGGCCGUGAACCUGAGACGGGAGCCGGCAUGGGGGAUAGAGAUCCCGAGCCAGAGGAAGGGGUCCAGGAAGACCCUCCGGGGGCACCCGAGGAGGAGGGGUCCUCCGCGGACCAGCCAUGGUCCCCCAACCCAGCUGAUGUUGGGCAACCAUCGCAGCCUCAGCCCGGUUCUCGAGUGCCGAGGGUCCGAAGUGGCGAGUUGAAGGGCAUGGCUACUACAAUGGGAGGAAUGAAGUCACCGGUGUUGCCGUACAGGCUUACCCCCGGUCAGCGCACCUUCAAGAUGCCCAUCGUAACGCAUGUGGCGGGGGUGGUCCACUAUGCUCCUCUCUUCGCCCCUCAUCCCUUCCAACCCCGUAUCCUCUUCCAUCCGCCGGCACCACAUCCCCCUAGGGCCAUGGUCCUCCAGAUGCCCUCAGCGGUCCCCUUGGGCAGGCCCAGACGGAGGAGUGUGCCGUCGAUGAUGAUGUUGCCAACACAGCUCAACCGGAGUGGUAGACCGAUGGAGGCUGGGGAGCUUGAACAUAGUGGAGUCCCUCAUGCGGUAGAGUAUAGGAAUGUGCUGGCCCCACAGGAGGCGGACUUCGUGGUGGGCCGCAUAGGGAGGUUCCCUGAGCCGGCUCUGGAGACUGCUCUGACCUGGGUGGACAAGAUGGCCCUCUCGACGGUGGAGGGGCUGAGGGAGAAGAUGGAGCAUCUUUACAGCAAGUACCCGAGCACGGCAAACACGAGGGCCUUCGCUCGGUUUGUUAAGGAUGGUCUUUUCGAAGGGGACAUAAGGCCCAUCAGGACCAUGAGGGGCCUUCGGAAUGCCAUCAAGCACGUCAGUGAGAUCUUUCCUCGGUUCGCCUCCUUCCGUGCUGGAGUGGCCACCAUACUGGACUCGUGGAUCCUCCUCCUGACCUCUCCAGAUAAGCACACGUUGGUCUCGCUCUUCCGAGAGGCCCCGUCGGAGAUCUAUGCCCUAAUGGACGCCAAUGGGGACGGCCUCAUCUCUUUUGACGAGUUCACAGCCUUUGGCCGUACCAUUGCCGCACCCUCAUUCGUCUUUUCUAGGGAGGCCUUCGAGGGGAUGCUGUCGGAGGAAGAAGGGGAGAGUGUUCGAGUGCAGGACUUCGAGGAGUUGUAUAGGACCAUCGCCCAGGGGAGGCAACAAUUGAGUGCCUCGAUAGCGGACAAGGCGGUCCAGUUGGUGAUGGACUCUCUCACACUCGAAAGCCGUUUCUCGGACCUGGAUGGGGGCCGCCACAACGACCUCUCGCUGGAGGACAUCGGCUGGAAGGGUCCAGUGGGGGAGGCUCUCUUCUUCUACCUAGACUCCAACAGAGACGGCGUCUUGUCUCGUUAUGAAUGGCAAAGGCUGGUGAUCAUCCAUCGGGCACCGUUGCUGGUCCGCCGUUUCGCCUUGUGGGUGGCGCAUAGGGUGGGGGACAACCUCCUGCCAUACUCGGUAGAGCCUUUUGUGACUCGGGCUAAGGAGCGUCUAGGGAGCAUGCCCGAGAGGUAUGUGCCGGUUAUCAAGGGGGCUCUGGACUCCUUAGGAGCUGGUGAGCCGUCGGAUGGUGACUACGGCCUCUUGCGAGCCAUGGCGGGCGGUAACGAGAUGAACAACUUGGUGGCCACGGAGUUCUAUCUGGGUUAUGGUCGCCGCCCGCGACUCACCUCGAAAGCACUGGGCGCGGAUCAUCGAGGGAGGCGACAUCACCGAGGCCAUCACCAUCACCACCACCAUGGACCGACUUCCUCCUUUCUUGAGGAAGGACCACAGUGGAGUCGUCUGCCAUUGGAGUACAGUCUGAGGAAGCUCUCACCGACGACUCGAGUCAGUGCUAGGGACUUUGCAGAUUUCGGCAAGUCUAUAAAGGCCCCAACCGCUGUGUUUUCUCGGACUGCCUACGACCUUCUGGAGUAUCCUUCUGGUCGGGACGCUGAGGACCUACUGUCUACCAAGAGUGAUGUGUUGCAUGCUGUAUCGAAGGACCUUAGGAAUCACCGUCGUAUUCACCUCAUUCUGGACUCCCUAAUAUUGGGCCAACGUUUCAAGGAGUUGGAUGCCAACGGUGAUGGAGAGCUCUCGUUGAAGGAGUUGGGGCUGGGAGCAGCUGAUCGAGCGGUCUUUGCUGUGGUGGACCUGGACGGCUCCAACACGUUAUCUUUGGGCGAGCUUCAGAGGUUGGCUGCCUUUGGAGAGGACAUGGUCCCUGCUAGUGCGAUCUUAUUGGCUCAGAAAGUGCAAGCUAAGGCGGACGGCCCGGUAGAGGCCUAUGUCGCUGCCGCUAUGCGGGCCAUGGAGGGCUUCACGGGUUUUGAGAGUGCCGAGAUAGGGGAGCUUCUUGAUUUUGAUGACGAUGGCUACAUCGACCAUCGUGAAAUUGCGAUGCUGAGGGUCUUGUCGUUGCCCCAAGGGGUGGCCAAGUAUCUGCCACAGUCAGCUUAUGUGAUGGAUAAGAUUGACGUCGGCGUUGGAUGGGCCGAGGAGGACUUCACCAAGAUGGGCUUGGGCCUGCAGGCCAACCGUCGAGCCUUCUCCCAUAAGAGCUUUGAGUCGCUGGCCCAGUUAUGGGACGGGAGGAUACCGAGGGAGGCUGUGGAGGUGUGGAUGAACGCCGUUCGCCACAAGCGGUUAUGGCGGCUUCUGGCGGUCUUCUCUGCGGUGAACACGGACGCCUUCUUCACGGCAUUCGAUGGGAAUAAGGACGGCAAGCUGAGUGACGAUGAGCUUCGACGCUGGAUGGGCAAUUUUCCCUUGGUCAGCCUCGUGACGGUCCUGGAGGUCCUGGGCCAAGGUGAAGGCGACCAGAGGGGUAUAACCCGAGAGGGGCUACAGAGGUUCUCCUUUCUCUUCGCGGUCGGCCCAGCUGUGAAGCUACUAGCAUUGAGUAUCCCACGGUCGGCCGCCGCCCCAGAGAAGUUCGUGGAGGAGUUCUCCACAGUGUUGGCACGAGUGAAGUCCCCUCGGGUCCGGGCGAAGAUUGUCCAUGCUCUCGAUCUGGAUGGCGAUGGUGAGGGCCUCCGUGGGGCCGCUGGAGCAUCAGCGCCCUUCCAUGUAGGUGAGCUUAGCCGAGGGGAGAUCCUUGGUCUCCGAGUUCUGCAUCAAGCAGAAUUCCUCCUCCUCCUUGAAAGUCUCCUCCAUCACGGCUUCGCUACCAUCACUGAGGCCAAGGCCAGUAGCUUCUUGGAAGAGGCCAGGAGCUCGGAAGUGGUGUUAACGGAAGGCUAUGCUGAAGGAGCCUUCGUGGAGCUGGACUCAGUGAGGGCACGGUCGGCUGGGUCUAUCAAGUGCUUGGUCCGAGUGCCCACCAUGGCCGGGCAUCAUUCGCAGUGGUCCCGGCGGUCGGAGGGGAAGAGGAGGAAGGGAAGGAGGCAUCAACGGGAGAAGAAGGGCAGCGAUGGCAGCGUGAGGGAGGCCCCUGAUCAACAACACGGUGGUGGUAUUGCCGAGGCUCGGCCGUCACGGGGGAGUUUGGCGUCAGAGGCGUCCGCAUUGAUGGCCGCAGCGGAGGGUAUGGGCGACGGACGGCACGAGGAAGGGGUUAUUGAUGGUGUUGGAAGGGACCACCACAGAGACGCGGCUGAGGAGGUGAAGCCAGACCAUGCAGAGGACCAUAACAGUGAGACCGUUGAAGAGGUGAAGCCAGACCAUGCAAGGGACCAUUACAGUGAGACCGUUGAGGAGGUGAAGCCGGACCAUGCAAGGGACCAUUACAGUGAGACCGUUGAGGAGGUGAAGCCGGACCAUGCAGGGGACCAUUACAGUGAGACCGUUGAGGAGGUGAAGCCGGACCAUGCAGGGGACCAUUACAGUGAGAGUACUCCAGAACAACGAGUUUCAAAUGAGUCUGUGGAGUCGGGCCAAGAACCUCCCCGUCGGGACGGCUCAACUCAGGAUGCAGCAGGGGAGGGCACUACACCCAGGUCGGGGACAGCUGGGGUCGGAGAAGGAAGGGAGGCGGCCGUUGAUAAUGCGGGUGAUGAGGAGUUGCUGGUCGAUGAGUGGGAGGAGGAGGAUAAGGGGGGCGAAUAUGGAGCUGACCAUCAGGGGGGCCACCAGAGCAGAGACAACAACACAUGGAGCAUCUCAAUGCACGAGUAUCCCUCAGAAGGCUUUGAGAAGGUCACUGGGCAAGCCCUAGGGGGCACGGUAUCGGUCGAGGAGUUCCAACAGACUGGUGUACGGCUUGGGGUCAGUCAGGCCUAUACUAAGGAGGUGUUCAGUCUUAUGGCUGGCAAGGACGCCUCGGUGCUGCCAGUUGGCCACUACGCUGACCUUUAUCGUAGCUUCAAAGACGUCCGGAAUCUGGCAAGGGUAUUUCAUAUUCUGGACUCCAUUAAGAUGGAGAUGCGUUUCACCGACUUGGACCUCCAUCGAGACGGCUUGAUCUCGUUAUCGGAGUUUGGGUGUGGCGAGUGCAAGUCCGAUACGGUAUCGGAAGAGGAAUGUAUGGCCGUUGGGGAGCUCUUCCUGUACGUGGCCGAUGGUCUCAAUCAGUCGUCAAUUGCCCGACGGAACUGGCAGAAGCUCGUUCGGGUGGAUGCGGACACCAUACCCCCAGCGGUGGCUGUGGUGUUGGAGGGCAUGGGAGAGGUACCAAGGCAGGCCACCAACGAGGAGUUCAUAGAGAAGUACAUGGCGGAGGCUGGUAGGUACCCAGGUGCCCGAGAGGAAGCAGGGGCGUUUCUUGAUGACGAGACUGGCCAGAAGCGCAACGUUGGCUUUGUAAGGGUCGCGGCUGCAGGACCACGACUGGCCGGCUUCCUACCGAGUUCCUUCGAUUUCACUCGGAAUUUAUCAACGCUUUUGAAGUCUGGCGUCAACAGGUUGGACGAAGAGACCUUUGAGGAAAUCGGCAGACAUGCGGAGGUUGCAGGGGAUUGGUUUAAGGCUAAGUCCUUUGGGGCCCUCCUCUUCCCUGUAGGGGAGACUCUGCCGGUUGACUUUCUGGACACGUAUGUAACGGCUAGGCGAGGCGGUUACCUCUAUGACUUGGGGGCCUCCCUCGGGGCCAUUAGUAUGGCGGCGAGGUUCGAUGCCAUUGACAUGGACGGUGAUGGUAAACUGACCAGAGAGGAGCUUGAAACCAGGGAGUGGAGGAAGUCUAUUGCGGGAACGAUGUUGUUUGCCCUCCUCGACCUCGACCGUGACAGCAGCAUUAGUCGAGCUGAGUGGCAGCAUUGGGGUUAUCUUGUGGCCCAGGCCCGACCACAUAUGCGGGCUCUGGCUCUGAGGAUUCUACCGGAAGUGAAGAUCUCAGCGAGCGAGUAUGCUGCGAGGUAUAGGGCUGCAGUGAAGGGCUUGUCGCCGGAUGAAAUAAAGCUGGUGGAACAGCGUCUGGAUUUCGAUGCCGACGGUGAGCUGUCCGAAGCCGAGAUCGGCCUCCUGCGGGUGGUCGGCGGCGGACGGUCUUUGAGGGAGCUCCUCUAUAGGGAGCUCUUCUUUGGUUAUGAGAUUGUCAACACCGGUACGGGGGCUGGUCAGUCCUUCCUACAGGAGGCGGCCAUUGAGGAUGAUCGGACCCUCAAUGGCUUCAUGGGCCGUGUUGGAGCCCUACAGUCGCCUUAUAUAGAGUCGGCACGGUUCGCCUUCCAAUUCUUGGAUACUGAUAGUGAUGGACAGCUCUCGGAUAACGAGACGAGGGAGUUCGAGCUCAUGCGGAUGCUCUUUGCUGACUAUGGCUUCCUCCGCUUCAUAGCGGACUUCACGGCCUUGACUGCUUUCAAGAAGCUGAAGGGCCCAGCGGGGGGACUGUCGCUGAAGGGGCUCAUUGACUCAGCCAAGGCGGGGGACUGCACUCCAACUGAGCUGGCACUGGAGAUCCAUGAUGCCUUCGAGAUCGACCUGCCUGAUGGUACGGUAGAGGUUCCCUGGGCCAUCUGGAGGCUGAUUGUGUGGCGGCACCUCACCAACGAGCAUGAGGCGUAUGCCCCACCCGCCACCCCACGACGACGCUUUCCUGCGAACUUUGAUGGGCGUAAAUUGAAGUGUGCCAUGAUGGCCUCCUCCUCCUUCUCCUCGAGGGAGAGAGGCAGCACGCUGUUAGUGAAGGCGUUGGUGAUAGCAGUGGCAGCUGGGGUAGAUCGGACACGAUGCGCGUUGGACAUGAGGGCAUCGGUGUGCGAACCGUACAUUGGCUACUAUCAGAAAGGGGUUAGUGAUGUCUCACAGUUGGUUGAGAUCGUUGAGGUAGCGGCCAGGGUAUGUGCCGACUACCAGUACGACCUGUUGUCCUACCCUCAAUGCGGAGCGAUCGUGGGGGAAGUGAGGCUCCGUCGGCCCCUGGGGUGGACCUGGCCGCCCAUGGAGACGGUGAAGUCUGCAAUAUUGCGCGCACUGGUGGCUGCUGGUUUUGAUGAAGAUUAUACUGUUGUCUACGAGAUCAGGAGAGAUUCUCAUGGGCUGGUCUUCUCGGCGGACAGGCGGACACCACAUGGCGAGGCUGCUGAGGCCGAAGCGGCUAACAAGGCCAGCUGGGCCGUCCAUAACGCUCUAGCGGCACUGACGGUGGGUGGUACCCCUGCCUUCGAGGUGGAGGUCUUCCGAGGGUCAUCAUUGGACACGUCCCCAUUGGAGGUGGAAGGGGACAUUGAGAUCAUCAACUGGAGGGACACCAUGAGCUUCAGGCGCACGGUGGCUCGGAUACUCGAGGGGCCAGUACGGGGCGUGGCCGGAAGAGUUCUCCGACAUGGUAUUACUGGCGAUGAAGUUCUCGUGAGCUCCCAUAAGGAGGGGAUCCUGCUGGCUUAUCAAGUGCCUGGACCACACAUAGGGUUUACAGCGUAUGUUGAGGCUGCCUGGGGUGGGACCAGGGCCCAUCUGGACAUCCUUGAUGACCUACACACCCUACAGGAGAGGCUCAUGCAGUCGGGGGUUGAGGCCUCCAUAAGGGUUCGGGAUGUGAGGGUGAUGAGUGGGUUGGUGUAUAGGGCCAAGAGGGCCCUCUAUUCGUACUGCUCCCAUUUGGACCAUCGAGGGGUACUGUCGUUUGUGGCCCCAGCCUCGGUGGCGGAGGAGUGGGGGAGGGAGGAGGCUCAGAUCUCGAGAGCGAUGGCGGUCGAUGGUGAGGCCGGGGGGUCAGUUAGGGAUACCCUGUAUGGUGGCAGCGAUGGGGUGGUUGGGGAGGAGGUAGGGCAGGAUGAGGGCUUUAGGGUGGCAGAGGGGCUGGGAGGAGGAGCAUCGGGGGAGGACGUGCUCGGACAUAUAGACAUACCAGCCGAGGAGGAACUUGCUGAUACUGGUUACCACAUACCGAAAAGGCCGGAGGGGAGCAAUCGAGAGGAGGGCGGUUACCCGGAGGUAGAGGACGGUCAUGCGGAGGUAGAGGACGGUCAUGCGGAGGUAGAGGACGGUCAUCCGGAGGGAGAGGACGGUCAUGCGGAGGUAGAGGACGGUCAUGCGGAGGUAGAGGACGGUCAUCCGGAGGGAGAGGACGGUCAUGCGGAGGUAGAGGAUGGUCAUGCGGAGGUAGAGGACGGUCAUCCGGAGGGAGGGGACGGUCAUCCGGAGGUAGAGGACGGUCAUCGGGAGGUAGAGGACGGUCAUCCGGAGGUAGAGGACGGUCAUCGGGAGGUAGAGGACGGUCGUGCGGAGGGAGAGGACGGUCGUGCGGAGAAAGAGGACGAUCACCUUGAGGGAGAGGACGGUCACCCUGAGGGAGAGGACGGUCAUCCGGAGGGAGAUGACGGUCACCCUGAGGUAGAGGACGGGCAUCCGGAGGUAGAGGACGGUCACCCAGAAGAGGAAGAAAGCCAUCUAGAGGGACAAGAAGGCCACCAUGAGAAAAUGGGUCUUCAUGAGGGGAAGAAGCGGCACCGCGUACAAAACGGUCCGCGCAGGUAUGUAGGGAAUCUCGAGCAAAUUGACAGAACUCAGUUGGGCCCAGUCGGGUCCAGUGACCUUCCUAGGUGGGAAGAUGUAGCCGAUGGUGUGGCCCAAUCGGACCCUGGUCAGAGAGAGGGGGGAGUACCGGAGAUGCCGGGUGAUGGAGUAGCUGACGACCCGGGCCAGACGGUGGAUGGUGUUCCCGAUGGCCCCUCAAAAUCAGGCCUGACUGCUCCUACUCGGGACUUUGGACCAGGCUUCGAUGCGGGCCAUCCCGAGGAACUCAUCCCAGUCGGUCCUGCUAGCGAUUUCGGACCAGACUUCGACGCUUACCAUCCUGAAGAGGUUAAGCCAGUUGAUCCUGCUGAGGACUUUGGACCAGGCUCGGACGCUGGCUAUCCUGAAGGACCUAACCCGGUUGAUCCCACUGGGGGCUUCGGACCAGGCUUCGAACCAGAGAAGAGGACUCCUGAGGAGUCGGUCGGAUCGGGAACAGUCGACGACUUCACAUAUCACUUUGACGAGGACACCAUGGAGGAGGCAGCUCGGUUGCCAUCACCACGCUACCCUGUAGAUAGUGGAAAAGUUGUGCCAGAUGUUGGCCUGGGGUCGGUGGCCAACACUCCGUCAGUCUCCACUCAACCGACAAGGAUGCCGGGGAGGGGCCUGAGCAGGCCUCCUGCGAGGUCUAGGCAUGGCCAGGAUGAUUACGAUGAUACUAUUGUGGAGGGGGUAGCGACUAAUGCCACCACUCCGAUGUCAAGGGAUGCUCUAACUAGGCAGCCGGUGGGGGCUCCUCAGACUACGGUAGAAAGGCUGCUCCCUCCGGACCUACUCCCAAUAACGAGAGCUGAUGUCGAGGACCACCGUGUCACCGGGAGUGAGAUUGACCCGGUGGUUCGAGAGAGGGAACUCCACGAACCCGAUUUCGGCCCUGGCUUUGGAGUCGACAGUGGGGGCGAGGGUCAUGGGCUGCCCGAGCCGGUCCAUGGGGAGGAUGGGGUCAUAGAGGGUGUCGAUGAUGGUAGGGAUGGGGUGCCUGAGCCGGUCCAUGGGGAGGAGUGGGUCCUAGAGGGUGUCGAUGAUGGUAGGGAUGGGCUGCCUGAGCCGGUCCAUGGGGAGGAUGGGGUCAUAGAGGGUGUCGAUGAUGGUAGGGAUGGGGUGCCUGAGCCGGUCCAUGGGGAGGAUGCGGUCAUUGAAGGUGUCGAUGAUGGUAGGGAUGGGCUGCCUGAGCCGGUCCAUGGGGAGGAUGGGGUCAUAGAGGGUGUCGAUGAUGGUAGGGAUGGGGUGCCUGAGCCGGUCCAUGGGGAGGAUGGGGUCAUAGAGGGUGUCGAUGAUGGUAGGGAUGGGGUGCCUGAGCCGGUCCAUGGGGAGGAUGGGGUCAUUGAAGGUGUCGAUGAUGGUAGGGAUGGGGUGGCUGAGCCGGUCCAUGGGGAGGAUGGGGUCAUUGAAGGUGUCGAUGAUGGUAGGGAUGGGGUGCCUGAGCCGGUCCAUGGGGAGGAUGGGGUCAUUGAAGGUGUCGAUGAUGGUAGGGAUGGGGUGCCUGAGCCGGUCCAUGAGGAGGACACCAGCGACAGGCUUCCGCAGGAGAGGGGUCUCGAGGGAGCUAGCGAGGACAUCUUUUCUAAGAUGGAGGGCCCUACGAGCUCUACUACUAAUCCUCAGCCCGAGAAGGUUGGCAACACUCUCGAGGAUGCUGCCGCGGCAGGCGGUAGAAUACGUCCCCCUCCAACAGUCCCACCAACCAAGCCAGUAUCGAAGGUCAUAGCAGGCCAUGGUCCUUCCAUCAGGCCCUACUAUGACCCCCUAUUCCACCUUCACCCCUUCGCUCCUCGACUGGUCUACAGCAGCCCGGGGACGCAUCCUCCCGACUGGGUAGUCAUACCGGUGUCAUCAUCUAGGGAUGGGCUACCGAGGGUGGCUGCAGCCUUCCGCCGCGAGUUGGGAAGGUCCGGUAACAGCGCUGAAGGCUCUAGCAGCUCUCACCCACCACUGCCGGAGCAUGCCCGUGGGGAGACCAUGUACGACGUAUCCGAGCCUCGAGAGCCCACACCCUCUGAUGGGGAGUUCGUAGUGGGUAUGAGAGGCUUCGCUCCUCCUGGUAAGGGUUGCCUCAGUAGGGUCAUGCAGUGGGUCGACAACUCCACCAUCGCUAAGUUGGAGGGGCUGCGUUCCUUGCUGGCAGAAGUGUAUUCGAUGGAGGCGCCGGUCCAUGACCAAGUAGCUUUCGGGGCCUUCGUGAGGAGAGGCCUGCUGGGCGAGGACCCUCACCUUACCACCUUCCAUAGGCUAUACCAAGGCAUCGAGCACCUUCGAGGGCUCCUAGACACUGGGGAGCCUCUCAGAGAGGGCCUAGCCGCGGUCCUGGAUGCCUGGGUGUUGCUGCUUAGGGCACCGAGGAAGCUACCAAUACUCAAUUUGUUCUAUUACCUUGACACCAACCGUGAUGGGUAUCUCUCUCGAUACGAGUGGCAGAGGAUGCUCAUCAUCAACAGGGCCCCGAUAGCUGUCAGGCGGCUCGCCCUUUGGCUCACUGAGGGCUUCGAGGGCGGCCCCUUCCCUUUACCCAAGGGCCCUUUCCUGGCUGCUACCCAUGCCAAGCUGGCUCGACUGCCACCGACGUAUGCACGUCUAGUGGAUAGGACUCUGGACUCAUUGGGGACGGGCCGGCCAAGUGAUGCUGACUAUAGCAUCCUCAGAGCCAUAGGAGGAGGCACUGAGAUGGCCAACCUGGUGGCGUCGGAGGUCCUCUUGGGAUAUCGCAGGAGGCCUAGGCUCAGCUGGCAUCCAAUACCCAGGGGUAGUGGUGCCGGCCUGAUGAGGACGCCUCUGGUAGAAGUAGCGGACGCGGCGGCUGAUGGUAUGGUGGAAGAGGGAGAGGCCGAACAGGUCUUGUCUGAGGAGGGUCUAGGAGGGCCAGGAGGAGUCCCGGGAUCCUUUAUGGAGAUGGGGAGGUUGACGUCUGAGGACGAUAUGAAGGUGGCGCGGUACUCGAUAGGGGCUCUUGCUUCGGGGCGGAGGGUCCCUUACAAGACCUUUCGAGACUUUGGAAGGAGUCUGAAGGCCCGAGAGGAGGCAUUCACUGAGGAGGUGUUCCAUCUGUUCGUUGGUGAGGAUGAGACCAGCAAUGAGAUCACCGUGGACGACUUCGAUCGGCUACACCUGAGUUCUAAAGAUAUGAGGAACCUUCGCCGAGUGUACCUUGUAUGUGACUCGCUCGCUAUCAAGGCCAAGUUCGAUGAGAUGGACAGGGAUGGAGACGGACAGCUGGGGAGAGGGGAGGUCCCUUUGGAGCCACAUCAGGCUUGGGUGAGGACCCUGACGGUCGGGUUGGUCUACGGUUUGGUGGAGGCAUUGCAGCUACAUGUUAAGUUCGUGGAUAUGGACCGCGAUGGGGAUGAAGAACUCAGCAAGGAGGAACUCGUUGGGGUCGGCAUCAAGGCUGAGGAGGCCGCUUGGUUGAGGCACCUCCUUGGUACUGCCAACAGCUCUUCGAUAUCAGAGAGGGACUGGAUGACGUUGGCGGGUACCUCCUAUGAGGCGGCUCCUGAUGCAGCUGUGUGGGUGGCGACCAAGCUGCCUCAACGCGAUAAGAACUAUACGAUGGACUUGGCGAGAGUGAUGGUAGUGGCACUGCGACAGCUGGAUACUUUGACCAAGGACGAGGUGGAAGAUGCCAGGGACUUCAUCGACAUCGAUGGGGAUGGGAAGUUGUCACCAUCAGAAUUCGGCCGUCUGAGGCUGCUAGGGGAUAUGCAUCACGUGGUGGAGAUGAUAUUGCCGUUUGAAGGGGCUCUAGAGGCCCCGCCUGUCGCGGAAGACUUGACGGAGGCAGCUUUCGAAGAGUUGGGGAGAAGGACCGGAGGCGGUGAGAGGAUAUUCGGCCCGGAGGCUUUCGCGCGUCUGUCCGAUCCUCGAAGGAAGCUCAUCCCGGUCCGGGUACUCAGCAGCUGGAUGCAGCUCCGCAAUAGGAAGCACCUUCGGCCGGUGGCUGGGAUGUUCUCUGCAAUGAACAUGGACUCGCUGUUCUACAGCUUGGACCGGGACAGGGAUGGGAGGUUGUCGAUGGAUGAGCUCAAUUGGGAGGGAGAGGAUGCUCACUUGGUCUGGUCAGUGCCGGCGUCAAGGCUCAUGGAGGAGUUAACUCGAACUGGGCCCCGAGGAGGUCGGGCUGGGCUGUCGAGGAAGAGUUUGCAGUACUGGGUCCUCGCCCAUUCGACCCCUCGAGAGGCGAAGCUCGACAUGAUGGGUCGAAAGAGUGCGGCUGGCAAUUCGUCCGAGGAGGGGCUGAAGAGGCCUGAGGAGGGCGGGAAGGAGAGGCAUAAGCCGACAAAGCAAAGGAAAAGCAUGAAGGCGGACCAGGACCGCAACCAGUCACGAGCCCCUGGAUUUCAAAAGCUCCUCUAUGGCGCGCCGGAGGGCGUCUCCUACCGGGACAAAUUCGGAGGGGCAUUGAGGCGCGGCUUUGAGGCGGACAUGAGCAUCUCUUCUGAUGGGGUAUUGAGUACGUCGUCGUGGUUGCAACGGGCGGUCCUGAAGCUCCUGGGAGAUAAUACUACUGAUACAGUGGACAUGCAGUACUUUGAAGCCCUCCAUCUGGCGACCAAACACUCAGCGUAUGGGCUGCAUGGGGAAGUGAUCGUAUUGGUCUCAGCGCUCAGGAACCUCCCGUUGAUAUACCGGUUUGUCGAGGCUUUACAGCUGCAUGAUCGAUUCAUGCAGUUUGAUAAGGAUGGCGACAAUGAGCUCACCUUGGAGGAGGUCGAGAUUAAGGCUGAAGACGCGGACAAGCAAUGGUUCUUUGGGGUUUUGGACGCCGACGGGUCUGGGAAACUGUCACGAACAGAGUGGCAAAGGCUUGCUGGUCGCAGCCAACAUGCUACCCCUGCUGUCGUGCAGUGGAUAGCAACUAAUGAACUCCCUAGAAGGGAUGAUAGCGUUGAGAAGGAUACCGCUAUCGUCACUGUGAAGGUGAUGGGUGAGCUGGCCAAGUUGGGCAAGCAGGAUGUCGAUGAGCUUGUUCGGUUCCUAGAUGAGGAUGGCGAUGGCAAAGUGGCUCCUUCUGAAUUCGGCCUGAUCCGUCUGGCUUCGGAUUUCAAGCCCAUCAUGGAGGAGCUGAUACCGUAUGGGCCGCUGGGCCAUGGUGUCGUCUCUGCCGAUCUCACCCGAGGCACAUUUCUUGAGCUUGACCAGACCCUCAAGGCUGGCAGGGGGAUUUUUGCUGACUCGAGCUUCGAUGAUUUGUCGGUGUAUGACGCGAUCCCUUUGGAAGUGAUCACUCCAUGGACGAAAUUAAGAGCCUCUAGGUUACUCGGCCAGGCAGUGCAGCUCUUCGAUGCGGCUUCUCUCGCCUCGCUGUUCUAUCAUCUCGACAUCGAUAGGAACGGUCUCCUGUCAGUAGAGGAGCUCGGCUGGGAUGAGACUUUCGAUGAGAUUGUUGACAUACUGUGGGAAGACGAGGAGGAGGGAAGGAGGGGAGUGUCCCGUCAGGCGCUGCAGAAAUGGGCGUAUAUCCGGACGGAGGGCCUAUCAUGGGGAGGUGUCGAGAGCUUAUAUCGGGCUCUGAAGGACGACCGGGGGACGACUCGUCUUGUCAAGCUCAUGCGUUCGAUCGGGUUGGAAGCGAGAUUCACUGAGCUUGACGUUGACCGGGAUGGACGGCUGUCGCGGGCUGACAUAGGAUGUGCCUGGGAGAGUUCUACUGUUGAGACCGCUACCGGCACUUCGAGCAUCUGCUUGGCCUAUGAGAGGCUCAUGUCGUUGGUCCCGUCGGAGGCUCUUGGACGAGGGGAGUGGCAGGUCUUGGCCCUGGUCGACCCAGAGACGCUACCGCCAGCGGCCUCACUGUUCGUCUCUAAAUUGGCUGGGCGCUAUGAUGGGUCUGGCGAUCCUCUUGCUGAUUACGAAGAGGUCCUCCGGGGCUUCCCUGAGGCUGUACGUGUCUCCAUUAAAGACUACCUCACCUCUACAGAUGUCGAGUUGACCAUGACCAUCAUGCGCUUGGCUGUUGCGCGGUACGGACUGCUCCCGCUGAUCAGCAGUGAGGGAGAUGCAGUUGUCGAGGUGGUCGGCCUGAUGGAUGCUAAUACUGAUGGCCACAUAGACGCCCAUGAGUUCAUCGAUUACGGCAUGGCCGUGCACAGCCCUGACGGGGUCUUUUCAAUGGAGACCUUCGACUCUCUCCUUGACAUUGGUGCUGAUACCAUACAGAUGGAGACUCUGGUGGUGUUCAGUCGACUCUGGGGUUGCCGAAGCGACUUGAUUUCCCUCGUCGGGGCGGCCUUCAGCGCCGUCAAUAUGAAAGCGCGGCUCGAGAUGUUGGACACUUACCAUGAUGGUGUCCUCUCUCGGGUCGAGCUUGUCGGUGCAGGAGGGACUGUCGGCCGCAGAGCUCUCAAGUUGCUCUCGCUCAUCGAUAUGGACAGCAGUGGGAGCAUCUCUCUCGAGGAGUGGCAGCAUUGGUCACGGCUGGAAGCGGCAGCGCCGAUAGAACUCCGGCAAGUAGCCCUCGUGGUGGAAUCGAGAGCGUCCCAUGGGGCGUCGCCGUGGACCUCUGAUGGGCUCACUGGGGAGGCUCGAGCCCUCGCUGGAGAAUAUCUGGACUAUAAUGGCGAUGGUGAGCUCAUAAUCAUCAUACUGUCUGAGGAGGUCUGCAGGCAUGGUGUCGGCGCGGGAGUUGGGCAUGCUAGGGCUGCUGGGUGGUGA